AGACAAAUGGGUUCGUCUGUACGAGACAAACAAUAUUAAAGGACACAUGUUGUAGGUUGGGAUCGAAAGUAAAUAAGUUGUUGAACUCAGAAAUUCCUAAGCAGACUAUCUUAACCGUUUUAUAAAGCAAUCUCCAUUCGGAUAACUUUGAAAACAUCCUCGAACACCUUAGAAACAAAACCAAGACACCCCACUUGAUUGGAAAGUCCGGUUAGAGAAGACUGCAGCGCGACUCAAGCGGCGUACCGUAAAGAGGUUGAAUCUGGCGCUCGAAGACAUUGCAGUCUGCUGAAGCACUCAGCAUUGGAGCCCACUUACAGAAGAGUUUCGGAGUCUGCGGGGUUCUUCUUCUCAACGGUUUCCCGCAUCGUGCAGCGAAGUCACGACGCUUCGGACUUCCCGUCUUUGAUAUCAGAACGAAUCCUGGUGAUCGUCUUCCAUGGAGGCAGCUCCUGAUUUCGACGGCGACGAAGGACUGGACGACCUCGACGCUGGAGGUACCCCAGUUAGUAUGGCAAGUUUGAUUGAACCUAAACAUCAAAAUGACCAAAAUAAACACCGUUCAAGUCAUCCCGGGAAGAAUCCCGUCAACUCAGUUUGGGACGAGGAGCUCCAACAGAACUCAGAACUCAAACGUCAAGUUAAAACUAGCAAAGUGGGUAAGCCCUUGCAUUGCACAGUUUGCAAUAAGGAGUUCAGAUAUGCUGGUCUUCUUCAAACCCAUCUUCGAGCCCAUACAGGAGAGAGGCCCUUUGAGUGUGAAGUUUGCAAUCAGAAGUUUAGCCAGAAAUCAAAUCUAAGGACCCAUCUCCGACGCCAUACAGGAGACAAGCCCUUGGAGUGUGAAGUUUGCAAUCAGAAGUUUAGCCAGAAAUCAAAUCUAAGGACCCAUCUCCGACGCCAUACAGGAGACAAGCCUUUUGAGUGCUCAAUUUGCAAUAAGAAGUUUGCACGGGCGGGUUAUCUGACGUCGCACCAUCGAACCCACACUGGAUUAAAGUCUUUCGAGUGUACAAUUUGCUACAAGAAGUUUAGUGAGACAUGCAGUCUCAGGACUCAUCUUAGAACCCACACAGGAGAGAAGCCCUUCGAGUGCACAGUUUGCAACAAGAAGUUUAUAUCGGGAGAUAAACUCAAAAUUCAUCUUCGAGUCCACACAGGAGAGAAGCCCUUCGAGUGCACUGUUUGCAAUAAGAAGUUUUUAUCAAGAGGUCAACUCAUAUCUCAUCUCCGCAUUCAUACAGGAGACAAACCCUAUCAGUGCAUGGUUUGCCAAAGAAGGUUUAGUCAUUUAUAUGGUCUCAGGAUUCAUCUACGAGCCCAUGCAGGGGUCAAGCCCUUUGAGUGCACCAUUUGCAAGAGAAAGAUGAGCCGGUCAACCACUCUGAAGAUUCAUCUUCAAACUCACACAGGAGAAAAACCCUUCGAGUGCACAGUCUGCAAUAAAAGUUUUACUUCUGGAAAUGCACUCCAAAAACAUCGUAAAACCCAUGCAGGAGUCAAACUCUUUGAAUGCUCAAAAUGCAGUAAAAAGUUGAGCUGUUCAGAGAGUCUCAAAGCCCACCUCCGAAUCCAUACAGGAGACAAGCCUUUCAAGUGCACUGUUUGCGACAAGAAGUUUAACAGGCGAAGUCACCUAAAGGUCCACCUUCGAAUCCAUACAGGAGAGAAGCCCUUUGAGUGCACAGUGUGCAAUAAGAAAUUUGCAUAUCCUGACUGCCUCAAAAUCCAUCUUCAAACUCAUACAGGGGACAAUCCUGUUGAGUGCACAGUUUGCAAUAAAAAGUUUACCUCGAGAAGUUAUUUGCAAAAACAUCUUCGAAUCCAUACAGGAGAGAAGCCCUACGGGUGCAUAGUUUGCAAUAAGAAGUUUAGGUAUUCUAGUUACCUUAAAAUACAUCUUCGAACCAGGAGACAAGCCCUUCAAGUGCACAAUUUGCAAUGGGAAAUUUAAAUCGAGAGCUGAACUCAUGUCUCAUCUUCGAAUCCAUACAGGAGAUAAGCCCUACGAGUGCACAGUUUGCAGUCAGAAGUUUACACAAUCUUCUAAUCUGA